CAUUCUCUCCCCCUUCUUCCUCCCUCUCUGCCCAAGCCUAAAGUAUACUCUCUCUCUCUCUCUCUCUCUCUCUCAAUCCUUUUCUUUCUUUCUGCUUUAUUUCCCCCUCCCCCCCCCCCAGCUUCCAUCUAAUUUCCUCUCUCUCUCUCUCAUGGAAGUCAUGCCAUGUCCCGUGAAGACUCCGCAUUUCCAAACCAAACUCAAAACGAAUUUUCCAGAAUAAAGUUGUUUACUUUCUCUACUCCUUGACUCUCUCUCUCUCUCUCUCUCUCAUGACUUGUCCCAAUCAGUAUCGAUUGCUCUACUGUUGAAGUGGAAUGAGGUCUUCUCCAGCGGCCAACAAUGGCGGCGAGACCCCGUCGCCGCGCCCCCGAAUCCAGAGCCACCACCAGCCCCACUUUCAGUCCACCGUCUCAGCCCAGAAGCUCCGCCGCUUCAACUACUUCAUCCUCGCGUCCCGCGCCGGCGCCUUCUGCUUCUCCUGCGCAGCUUUCAUUUUUAUGGUCAUCAAUCCCAGGGGCUCCGAUUCCCCCCCUCGAUGGUACCAGUUCGACGCCUUCAGAUACGUAGUGGCGGCGAAUGCGAUAGUGGCGGCGUACUCACUGUUCGAGAUGUGGGCGUCGCUCUGGGAGAUUUCGAGGGGAAUCACAUUGCUGCCGGAGAUCGUCCAGGUCUGGUUCGAUUUCGCCCACGACCAGGUGUUCGCCUACCUGCUCCUCUCCGCUGGCUCGGCGGCGACGGAGCUGGCCAGGACCCUCAAGACGGCCGACGGGGACACGUGUAGGGCGAGCAAGGCGUUCUGCGUGCAGACGGACAUCGCCGUGGCCUUGGGAUUCGCCGGAUUCCUGUGCGUGGGGGUGUCGUCGCUGCUAUCGGGGUUUCGGGUCGUCUGCUUCAUAAUCAACGGCUCUCGUUUCCAUCUCUAGGAUUUGGUUGGCUGCGUGGGAGUGCUGCUCUUUUAGCGUGCACCGUCCUCUGUAUUUGAUUUGAUUUGCCCAAUUUUUUUGGUUUGCAAAUGGUAAUGGAUUGUUUGCCCAUUGCUCAUUGCUCUCUCUAUACACUCUCUACUAAUUAAUUAUUUCUUGUCUUUGUUGUGUAAUUAAUUUCCUAAUUAAUUCUAAAUUAUCAUUUAUUCAUGUAAAAUCGUUAUUC